AUGGACGGGGGACGGCAACCGAAUCCCCCGCCCCCCCGCCCGGCGCGGGCCUCUGCGGGCGUUCAAAACCUUGAGACCCACGUCGCCAAGCCGCAGCCGGCAGGCGGCGGGUCCCAGCUGCCUAGGGGGGCUACCCGCCGGAGCGUUUCGUGCGCCGGGCAUAACGUGAAGCGAGAGGCAAGGCGAAGCCCCUCCACCAAGGCGGCGGCGGCGGCAGCGGCGGCGGCGGCGGCACCACCACCGCCGCAAGCAGCAGGGGGAAGAUCUCGGUCCAAAUCGUCGUCGUCGCCGCCGCCGCCGCCGCUACACCGGACGGCACGAGCGCCAUCGCUGCCUGCCGAGUCUUCCUCCUCGAUCACUGGGGCCCAGAUGCCCAGCGCCGCCGCAGCCAACGACGACGAUGGCGACCUGUCGCCGGCGGAGGCGCUGCCCACGCGCUCAGUCUUCAUCGCCACGGCGGUGCUGGUGGGGAAGCGGAACCAGCAGCGGAACCAGCAGCAGCAGCAGCAGCAGCAGCGGGAGGAGAGGACGUCGCCGAACUGGCGCGGGAAGGAGGAGGAGGGCGGGGUCAGCCGGAGCAGCGGCGGCAGCAGCCGCGGCGGCGGCGGUGCGAGCAGGACCCCCAGCCCUUCCUUGACGCGCCGGGUGUGGGCGUCCACCUCCUCGCGGUUUGGCAGCAGCGGCAGCUGCGGCGGCGGCGAAGACUGCGAAGGCUGCGUCGGCUGCGUUAGCAUUCGGAGGUUGUCCACCGGCAGCAGCGGCAGCAACGGUGGCGUAAGGGAGGGUGCGGACCCUGUCGCUCUCUGGCGGAGCUACGGCAGAGACGACGACGUCAAAGGGGGCAGUAUUGCCCGGGCGACCGCCGCGGAGGCAAGCGCGGAGCAGAAGGCCAAGGCGCCCGCGACCACCGUUUCCCCCACCGCCAGGUUCUACGACUACUGGAGACACUGCAACUUCCGAGCGGCCUCGACGGUGAGGAGCGCGACGAAGAACAUGGCCGACGACAUCCUGUCGACAGCGGGCGAAGAUAACGAAAAGAUAGCCGUCCCCGCUCCGUUGGAUCCGGUCACUUCCGCCCGAGCAGCGCCGCUGAUCCCAGCCACGAAGAGGAGCAGGGGGCUUCCAGCAGGCCAAGACGGUGAGCUGGUUGCCGGCGGCGGUAACGAUGGAGCCGGCAACGUCGAGAGUGAGAGCGCCGCGGCCGCAGCCGCAGAGGCGAGGGAGGACAGAAAGGACCGAGCGGAAGCCGGGGCGAAGGCCAGGACGGCCUUUGCCGCCGCGGCAGUCGCGGAGCGACGGACGGAGGACGCGAAGCUUAGGCUUGGGGAGCUGAGGUCGCGCCCGGACAACAGGCAAGAAGAAGCGCGCUCGGACUGCUUCACUGCUUUAGUCGCGCCGUGUGCCUGGGAGGGUGCGGAGGGGGGGGGGGCAUCCGGCAUCUUCCGCUGCGCGGACUGCGGAGCGCCGUGCGCCGAUUGGGCUUCCGUCGCGCACGGUUCUUUCGUCUGCCUCAAGUGCGCCGGGCAGCACCGCAGCCUCGGGAUGCAAGUGAUCUUCACGCGGUCUCUCGUCAUGGACAAGUGGACGGGCUGA